AUAGUGAUUGCACACCACUGCAUUGAAACCUAAUAAAACAUUGCCCCAACUAUUGGCAGCCAAUCAGCGUCAAGCCUGCCUUCUCAGCAAACCUCCCAUGCACUUGUUUAAAUUGAGAGAGAUCAAUGAUAUCCAGGCUGUGGGAGCUUUACGCACGACACCAGUCAAAGCAGAAAGUUAGAAAUUGUUGCCGAGGGAUGGAAUGCCUACAUUUAAAGACUUGUCCAGAGGGAAAAGAGUGAGCAAAACAAAGGCACAAGGGAUGAGAGGCUACGUCGCUUAUUUUGCGCUGUGUUUUACGUAACUUAAUUUGCCUACCGAUUACAAGGGAAGGGAACUCUUGAAACAUGUGUCCAGAUGCUGUCCCGAAACAUCAGCAGCAGCAACAAUAACUCUGACAGGAUGAAUGAUGGUCACUAAAUGAUCGGAAAGAAAUUAUCAGCUGUGAGUACUAUCAUUAGAAGGUGAUGCUGGGAGGUAGCCUGUGUGAAUUUAUACUGUGACAUUAUGCCAUCACAUUAGUAAUAGCCAGUCUCUGUGGUUAAGCAUGCAGAACUGAACGCUCAAAGACGGCAGCCCUGCACUAUGCGGAUCCCUGUGCAGUUCAUGGUUUAAUAAUGAAACUGAUGUGAAAUGAAAUUGUCUGUUUAACUCCGAGCAAACUUCACUGCAACGUUUCAAGAGUGGACCACUAAACUGAGACAAUGAGUAGCUCUGGAUUGAUAAUUCUUGUUCUGUGGUGGCUAAUGGCAGAGUUGUUUCUGUAUUCGAUCUCAAGCAAAGUAAAAACCAGCCUCCAUGUUUGUCCUGGGGUAUGCAUUUGUGCCUCAGACCUGCUAAGCUGUGUUAGUCGGAGUCUGUCUGUGCUGCCUCCUGGAUUGCCCAACACUGCAACUAGUUUGGACCUCAGUCACAACAACUUGCAUCAGCUGCAGGACAGAUGGCUGGUGCAGCUACCUCGUCUGCACAUGCUUAGAUUGGGUCACAACCGCAUCAGCCACAUAACGGCAGGUGCCUUCCAUAAUGCCUCCCGGCUCACGCACCUAGACCUGUCCUCCAACAGGCUCCACUCGGUGGAGUGGCACUUCUUCCAGGAACUGAUCAAUCUGCAGGAGCUGCUGCUUUACAACAACCAAAUACAGCGGGUGGAUGGUGAUGCUCUGAUCAUGCUCUGCAGCGUGCAGAAGGUGUACCUCAGCUGGAACCUGCUGACAGAUUUUCCCUACAGUGCCUUGCAGGAGGACAGCUUGUCUCAGUUGAAGAUAAUGGACAUUUCAUCCAACAGGCUCUCUUCCAUUCCCUUUGAUGAAGUGAUUACAUUACCUCAGAAUGUUAAGAAUGGCCUCUACCUUCACAACAACCCUUUCACAUGUGAUUGCACUCUGUACAACAUGUUCCUGCACUGGGAGAAGAGUGGGUUUAAUUCAGUACACGACUUUCGAGAAGAACACACCUGCCUGGCUCUGAGGCAGCCCAGAGCCUCUUUGCGUUUCCUGAAGCACCGUAAAAGGUUUGAGAACUGCACCCUUGUUGGACUGAUCGGGAUGGGAGAUGCUGCUUUCACAGGGGUGGUGGGGGAGCCGGUACUGAUUGGGUGCGAGACCAGCUUGCAGGGCAAGCAGAUCACCUACCUGUGGAUUUCACCGAACAAAGAGCUUAUCACAAGCAGCUUCAACCAGACAUUCAAGCUCUUCUCCAAUGGGAGCUUGGAGAUCCGUAAGGCUCAUAAAGAGGAUGCUGGCAUCUACACUUGCAUUGCAAUUGACAAGGGUCUGAUGCGCAAUGAGUCCCAUGAGGUCAACGUGACAGUGUAUCACAGAAAGCAAAAUGGCGAGGGCUUCAACACCGGGUUCACCACUCUCCUCGGGUGUGUGGUGAGCUUGGUCUUGGUGCUAAUGUACUUGUACCUGACUCCAUGUCACUGCUGUUACAAGCCACCACAAAACCCUGCUCCGCCAAACGAGUGCAGUGCCCGUUCCUCCAUAUUAAGUGCUACCCCGCCAUGCAACGAUGAAGCCGGCCGUAAAGCUGGUGGUGGCAAGCAUGUGGUGUUCCUGGAGCCGGUAAAGGAUUGCCAGAAUGGCAAGAUACGGCUCGCGGUCAGUGAGGAGUUCCCAGAUAUCAAAAACCCCAAACUCCUACAAUUAAAAUCAGACACAGAUUCCAUCAGUUCUGUUUUCUCAGACACUCCCAUUAUGCACUAGGAGGAGGAAAAAAAGCUUUUAUACACUGUUAGAAAUUCCUCAGUAACCCAAUUAACCCACUGAGCUUUGCUGGUAGAAGUGAUGCUGUACACAAUUUCACAUCAAAUGCCAAAAUGCACUUUGAUCAGUUUACAAGUAGUUCCGCUGCACAUGCCACUUAACAGAAAUUCAAUACCCUUUGAUGGGAAAGGCAGGUAAUGAUAUUGUGCUAAUUACAACUCUCCGUAAUCCUCACAUGAUUAGUUUGGAUCUCACUUUUUAUCCAGAUGUUUUGAGUUUGGCAAAGAUCCCGUUCUAGCCAACAACAGGACGUGUGGGAUGAAGGAGGCCAGUGUUUGGCUAGAAUUUAUAAACUGAUGCAAAAU